CCCAAACCCAAGAAACUCCGCUAGAAUGAAUCUAUCUUUAAUAAAUGUUCAUAUUUCUCCGUUUCAUAUGCACGGAGAGGAGCUGUGAUCCGCGGAUCUUGAGGGUUUGAUCUUUGGUUAUUGCUACCAAGAGGAUGGGGUGCUGGGCUUGCUCAAGUGUGACAUCUGUGCUGUUCCUUUCUUUCAAUAUCCAUGCUCUGACCCUUGCGGAUUUAGUCCCUGUGAGCAAUUUGUGUCAGUGGUGUGACUAUUCCAGCCCGGUGUGUGAAGACAAUGUGUGCUACAGUAACUGUUCCUUCAGCUCCUUCUGUGAAUACCAGAAAGAAAUCUGUGUGGCGAUAUGGAAGCAGGACAACAAGAGUAUUAGUGUCAGGACCAUGUGCCAUGACCCUCAGCUCCCAGUGGAGAACGCGAUGGUUCCCAAUUACACCACCAGAGAGUGCCUAAUGGUGCAGCAGCCAUCAGAGGAGGGAGCGCUUUACAUAUGCGGGUGUAUGGGUGAACAGGAGUGCAAUGACAAGCUGAUAUUCGAAAAGGACGACAACGGCUAUGCAAAGUUGCAAAGCAAAGAGGUCAUUCCUGUGGCAGUGAUCAGCUUGCUUCCGCCUAUUCUGGUGGCCAUAAUGGCAACCAUGGCCUUUUACUUGUACCGCACCCGACAGCAGAGGAAAGAGGCCUGGCCUGCAAAACACGCCCAACGCCAAACCCUGGACCUUCCAGAGAACAGGGACCCUGCGGAAUACGAUGGGAAGCUGUCUGCCAUGAUUGACGACAGCCACUCUGACAUCUCGUCCACCUGCGCCAACAACAUCAACCACAACACUGAGCUGCUGCCCAUUGAGCUGGACCGCGUCGUGGGGAAAGGCCGGUUUGCAGACGUCUGGCGGGCCAGGUUGAACCACAAUGCCUCGGGCCAUUACGAGACUGUGGCUGUGAAGAUCUUCUCUGCAGAGGAGUACCUCUCCUGGAAGAGCGAGCGCAAGAUCUUCUCGGACGCCAACCUUAAGCAUGAGAGCGUGUUGCAGUUCCUGACGGCCGAAGAGAGAGGCACAGGCCCGCAGAAGCAAUAUUGGCUCAUCACGGCCUACCACAGCCUGGGCAACCUGCAGGAAUACCUGACCAACCACGUGCUGAGCUGGUUGGAGCUCCACUUAAUGGCGGGUUCUCUGGUGAGUGGAGUGGCCCAUCUCCACAGUGACUACACUUCAUGCGGCUCUUCCAAAAUCCCCAUUUCCCACCGGGAUAUCAAGAGCUCCAACAUUCUUGUAAAGAGCAAAACAGAGUGUGUUCUGUGUGACUUUGGGCUGGCUUUGAGAUUGGACCCUUCUCUCACUGUAGAGGACUUUGCCAACAGCGGACAGGUUGGCACUGCCCGGUAUAUGGCCCCUGAGGUUCUGGAGUCUCGUGUGAACCUGGAGGAGCUGGAGUCCUUCAAGCAGAUGGAUGUGUAUUCCAUGGCCCUGGUCCUGUGGGAAAUGGCCUCUCGUUGUGAUGUAAUUGGAGAGGUGAAGAGCUACGAGCUGCCGUUUGGUUCUCAGGUGUGUGAGCAUCCCUGUGUGGAGAGUAUGAGGGACCUGGUCCUGCGAGAGCGGGGCCGGCCUGACAUCCCUAGCAGCUGGCUGGUGCACCAGGGGAUGCAGUUCCUGUGCAACACCAUCGGGGAGUGCUGGGACCACGACCCUGAGGCCCGCCUCACUGCGCACUGCGUGGCCGAGCGCUUCAGCGUGAUGGGGCAGAUGGAGAACAAGGACAAUCACAAUAACAACAAUCACAAUGCCAGCACCACAGGCACGGAGCCCUGGAAACCUGACAGCAAUGCCCAGGAAACAGCACCCUUCCAGGGGAUUCCAUCUGGGGUACUGGUGACUGAGGUGUGAAGGAGCACUGCCACACAAAAGGGCCAACAGCACACCACUCGGUACAGCAAUAGCUUCUCUUCACUUGUCUGAAGGAAUUUCUUGUGUUCUUCUUUCAAGACUAAAAAAUGUAGACAGAUCAUUGCUUUAUUGAAGGCUUUUAUUCAAUGGGCUGGACUCUUAGUUAAAACCCUAGACUGAUAUUGUGCAAGUGUGUUGGCAGAUGUAAUUGCAUAGACGCCUACAGUUUUCUUCACACAUUUUCACGUGUCAGUGUCGGCAUGUUGAAAACUCUGGCAGUAAGGGACUACGUGUAAAACUCUUUAAGCAAAUAUGUAAUUGUAUCCCUAUCAGAAUAACCCCUUACAUCUACAACACUUCAUCUGCAAAAUCAAAGCUCUUGGUAUAAUGCGGCAACAGUGCCUUUGGAUUCAACAUCGAAGAAACGUCUUAACCACAUUCAGGGCAGUGGCACCGUGGUGUUAAGAUUCUGGCACAGUUUAGAUCAUUAACAUAUGUGCAAGACUAGGUUUGUCAUGUAAAAAACAACUGGUUUCCAACCUCAUCUCAGACCUUAUAAAAAGUAGACAAAGCUAGCCUAAAAGUGACAUUUAUUUUAAGCACUAAAUUACUUUCAAAUUGUAAACUGCCAAUAAAAACAGUGUGCAGUGCAUUUGUCAAACUAUAGGCCUACAUCAAAGCAACCAUAUAUCUUGUCUCUUUUUCCCCACCGGGUGUUCAAAGGAAAUUCAUCUUUAUUUUUCAGUGUCAGUGGGGAAAAAAAAUAUAUCAUAGCGCUGUCACUCACAAACAAUCCAAAACAACAUGGAACUCUACAAGGGGAAAUACUAUAUUUUAUUUUGUACUGAAUGAUAACAGCUUUCAAAACAGGAAGAUAA